GUUAUGUUCUAUGCUCACAUACGAUAACCUGGUUUUAAAGUCUGUGACCCUUCUUGAAUGCAUCACUGACAAUGCAAAGUCGCCACCUGAUUUUCGCCCCGCAGCCUGAAUCUCACCCUCUACGGUAACCGAGCAGAAAAAUUACUGCGACCUCACUGACCCAACUACCUUCAGCUCGAACGGCUUUUCUUCUAAAACAGCUCUUCUCGCAGGCAAGAUCAUGGAUUCAUAUAACGGCAAACCCCCCGAGGUAGUGGCUUUGCUACAGACGGCUGUCCGCGAACUUACAGAACGCCCGGUUGAUGCAUUUUACACGGAGGACAUGUGUGAUAUGCGCUAUGAACCUGGGCAUAUCGGCGUUGUAGAGAGGACGACGGCAGAUGUUGAUACGCAUGAGCCACAUCCCCACCUGGACUAUGAUGUCCUAAGGUGCCAUAAAGAUAUUGGGCGGGAGGCAUUUAGGAAAUUCAAACACGACGGAAUCCCUCCUGCCGGCACUGUUCUCGUUUCUUGGCAAACGAAGAAAUACACCGAGCUCGUACCUACCAACCAGCUCACUCUAACAGAUCGGUCUCUCCUUGUGGGCGAUGUGGUGAAAAAGGACCCCAAAGAUGCGAUGAGUGGAACUGUCAAGCAAACUAGCAUGUCUCUUGUUAUAUGCCCUAGCGCUUUCAAAGAGUCGCGGCUUGUAAAUGGAACUCUGCAAGCGCCUCUUGAUCACGCCAUACCGUUUCAAGUCUCCGCUGAGGAUAUGAAAUUUGCCAGUGACUACAAAGAGGGUGAUCUGGUUAUAUAUAAAGGGUGGAUAGGACGGGUAGAAGAGACUCUGAAUGACGUGCUUGUGCGUCUUCCAAAUGCUAGUAUUGUGGCAGUUGACAACCCAGCAGAGUGCAUCAACACCUUGGAUCCAAAUGAUACUGUUCUGGAUAUAGGUGUCAUUGUCCGUACGGGAAAGAGUAAUAUUCGGCGCGGGCGUUGGAUCGUUGGACAUUACGAUUCAAACGUCGAACCUAUCGGAGACGUUGUGCAUAUUGAGAAUCGAGCUUUUUAUGCACGUUGGCUUUGGAAAUACGGCAGCAUUAAACAACAAUCUUUCGAUCGAUCAGACGAACCUCCUGCUCGCCUUGAGAUCUCAGUUUUUGAAGCGGGUGGUGGUAAGGUGUACGACCGAUCGAGGUCUCCUCGUACCGCUGUGGGCAUGAAUCGUUCACACAUCCCAUUCAUAUCCGGCGACAAAGUGCGUUUCAGAGAUGUAGCCGGCGCAGCGAUCAAAUAUCCAUCUUUCAAUCCUACCCGUCCUUCCGAGACGCACAACUUUGAUAUGAAUGUGUUCACUGUUCUCCUCACGAAGACGAACGCUAAGAUAGCCUGGCAAGACCAAACCGAGGAAGAGCUUCCAGGAACGGCAGUCGUACCGGACUACAACAUGGAAGACGACAACGAGGUUUGGCCAGGCGAAAUUGUUAUCACCAAUGAAACAGCGGAUACAGUGGAAGAAGAUUGGAUUUUCAGGCCUAAGCGGGUUGGAGUUGUUCAGUCUGUUUCUCCCGCAGAUCGUAUCGCACACGUGAAAUGGCUUCCUGAAGCGAAAGUAUUGUACAAUCAAGUUGGGCUGGAUGAGCAUCUAGAUGAGCUCUCACUUUUGGAAGGUUCCACAUUGGGCUUAGAUUUGGUGCCGGACGCAGAGAGACCGGAAGAAGAUGUCACGUUAUAUGACAUAAGGACAAUUGGAGGCUUGAGCAGGCGAAGAGGAGACUUCGUGGUUAUUGGUGAGAGAAGUGGUCAAUUUGACAUCAAUUCUGGGACUGGAGAUGACCUACGGUGGUUUGGAGAGGUUAUCGAUCUCAACCUAGACGGAACUCUUACGGUUCGUUUGGGAGCCGCUGAAGAGGUCGUUGAUGUUCGUAUUCCACCCGAGACAACCACACUGGUGUAUAGCUCGGAUUCACCAAGUCUGCUUGGAGAUCCCCCCACCUUUGAUGACCCGUACAAUUCUGCGGAUGAGCACGAUAGUGAUAAUCUGGAGUCCGAUGAAGAUGUGUCCGAGGAGGAAACUUGGAUGGUAGAUGGAGAGCCGGUCGAAGAAGACGAUGAAUGGGACACGGAAACUGAAGGCCCAGAAGACAAUGAUGUCGACAUGGAAGACGCUUCGCCAACUUCAGCCGAAAAUUCUGCUACUUCCCUGGUCUCACCAAAGGACGAUACAUCAGAAAAACCUGGCGAUGCAACAGUAAAUUUGGGCAUAGCGCUUCAAGAGUCUUCGGUGAAGAUCCAGGAUGCAAUAGACGCUCCUCCGUCCUUUGAUGUUCUGGAAUGUGAACUGCCGGCGAAUCAUCCAUACAAAUAUCCAGAUCCAGCCCCUCUAACAACCGCUCGAAUGAAGCGAAUACGCAAAGAACAUGCCAUUCUCUCCUCCUCCCUUCCUGAGGGCAUUUUUGUUCGCACAUGGGAAUCACGUCUCGAUUUACUCCGUGUAUUGAUUGUAGGGCCACUUGGGACACCCUACGAAUACGCGCCUUUUCUCAUUGACAUCAGAAUUCCACCCGAAUAUCCUUCAGAACCACCAAACACGUACUUCCACUCUUGGACAUCUGGCCAAGGUCCUGUUAAUCCGAACCUUUACGAGAAUGGUAAAAUCUGUCUUAGCCUUUUAGGAACAUGGCAUGCUGGGGAAAAAGGUGAAGCGUGGUCAGCUUCGCGAUCUACAAUCUUACAGGUGCUAGUUUCGAUCUUAGGCCUCGUCCUGGUGAAGGAACCGUACUACAAUGAAGCCGGUUUCGAAGCUCGUGCAGGAUCAGAGGAUGCAAAAGUCCCGUCUCAAUUAUAUAGUGAGCGCACUUACUUCAGAUCCAGAGCAUUCAUCACUUACGCCCUGCGAAAUGGCGUUGAUGGAUUUGAUGACCUCCUAAAUUGGCUAUAUCGGAGUCGGAAUGCGCAAGCACCGCGGUUGUUGGAAAAGGCGAUUGGAGCAGCGAAGGAACUUAUUGCAGCAGGAGAGACGGCCGAAGAUAUUAGAGCAGGACUGAAGAAGAUGAGCAAGGGUGCGAUAAUUAUGCUGGAGAGGCAAUUGAAGGAGCUCGAAAUGGAGAAUGCAAAGAAUUCCUCGGAAUCAUCGUAAGAUCUGACCGAAAUCUUGAGAAUUGCAUAAUUUUUGUCGCUGAGAUUAGUUUGUUUCAUGGUUUUAACUAUUCCAGUAGCGAGGAGUAUGGGUUUUAGAUGGUAUUAGUAGCUUAGAUCAAUACCCGCGAUCCGCAAAGCUCAUGAACAGCGCGGAUCAUGAUUCAGGCAUAUCAU